CAGAUAAUUAGGAGGGGAUAUAGGGUCCGGGAAACAUGUUGAAACAAAUAAUUGGCGGGACAUGCAGAACCAGUGCUUAUGCUUUUGAAGGAAACAGAGUUUUGCCUUCGAUAUAUGUGCCUUCGUGCUUGUUCCACAAUGGACGGGCACAUAUGGCACCUAGAAGCUUUUUUGGGGUAGAGGAUUUCCUUGAUGAUGACAAUAGCCGACCUUACACAUACCAAAAAGGGAAGAAGUCAAAGAAUCCAAACAAGCACAUAUCUUUCAAACAAAGAACGAUUGCGUACAUGGAGCCGUUUACACUUGAUGUGUUUAUCUCAAAACGCUUUGUAUCAGCUUCACUUACUCACAGGGUGACAAGCAAACAGGUUGCAGUUGCUGGUACCAACUCCAAGGACAUAAAAGCUGUUCUUAGGUCUCGGUCAGACAUACCAGCAUGCAUAUCCAUCGGUAAGAUUUUAUCUGAAAGAGCAAGAGAAGCUGAUGUUUACACUGCUUCCUAUACUCCAAGGGAAAGGGACAAGUUUGAAGGGAAAAUCAGAGCUGUAGUUCAAUCACUCAUUGAUAAUGGGAUUGAUAUCAAGGUUUACCUUGAUUGA